GAAAGGAGGAGGAGGAGUUGUAGCUACGGUUCCGAAAUUUGUGAAAGAAAAAGGCGGGGCAAUAUUCAAAAGCGGAAUUAUGACUUUGCCAUUCAGUUAUAACUACCUGCAAUCACGGGCCAGGCUUUCACUGUUUUCCUGUCGCUUCAGUCAUCACAAGUAAUCGGGGAAAUGUCAAAGACAUGCCUGCUGCUCAUCUUUCUUCUCGCUAUCGUUGGCCACUGUCAUGGAGACAAAAUACUUCGAGCGGACCGUGCAGCAGACGUAUUCAAUUCUUCAACCGUCGUAGUCGAUCGAGUUGCCAGACAGACGUCAUCUUCUAUGACACCAAGCCAAUGUUCUUUCGGUCGCGGUCACGAACUGACCGGAUGCGAUUGGAACCUAACCGACGUCGAGUCCGUAGGAUCCAUUGACUCACACGUUCCAGCUUGGCAACUGUCAUCCGGUCGAACAUCUUAUUUCCGGGGAGGUCCAUCCACUGACGCUUCGGGAGAUCAAGACGGUGGAUACUUGUUGAUGGACACAUUGAGAGGAGUUGCCGAAACCAUCAAGUUGUCCAGCAUGAUGAUCAACGCUACUUUGCCGGAAGGGCGGUGUGUCGUGUUCCAGUACGCGAUGGAUGGCCCGAGCGCAGACAGGCUUCGCCUAGUAUUACGUCAGAGCCAACUGGUUCACCAGAUGGCGAACGAUACGGUUCUACUGAUGCCGCGGCGGGAAGUUCUCUGGGAGGGGCGGAGUGAUUCUAGCGAUAAAUGGCUGACGGCAUCUGUCCUGUAUAGUCACGGCCAGCCCCAUCAGUUGGCGUUUGAAGCGGUUGUCGACAACUCGGUGCAGAGUCAGCGGCGUCUGCGCGGACAUUUCGUGCUGGACAAUGUGGAUCUCGGUACCUGGAAGGAAGACGAAAACGAAAAAGCUCUGAAUGAGAAUCCCGAUACGUUAAUGGUGGAUCCUUGCCUGGGCCAUUGUAACUUUGACGGCGGAUUUUGCGGGUGGAGCAAUGACCAGGAUGAUGAUUUCGACUGGAAUCUCGGAAGGGGAAGCUUGAAUGCGGUGACGGGACCCAUUGCCGGACAUCUUUCUCGCGGUUACGCCUAUAUCGACUCCGGCUAUCCUCGGAGACCAGGUGAUCGCGCUAGAUUGCUAUCACCUUUCAUGGAACCCACUGAUCCCGACCAACCGCUUUGUUUGCGCUUUUGGACGCACAUGUUUGGCAAUGGGAUAGGCAUGCUGAAAGUGGUUCAGUUAUUCGGUCCACCUGGUUCAGAUAUUUCAAGUAAGGAACUGUGGUCUUUGACCGGCGAGUCAAGCAACAACUGGCAUCAGGGACAAAUCACCGUUUCCUCCAACAUGAUUUUUCGAAUUGCAUUCGAAGCGACGACGGGUCGAAAUCACUUGGGUGAUAUCGCCAUCGAUGAUGUCUCCUUCGAUCCUGGACCAUGUCCCAGUGCGCCGCAGGCGGCGGCUGCUUCCACGCAGCAAAAUGAUUGCAACUUUGAAACAGAUGAAUGCGGAUGGACCAACGCUGUGACGCGUGAAAAUAUGGACGACAUCGACUGGAUUCGUCAUCCAGCGGAAAACAGCCGGUUGCAAUUCGUUAAGGACCACACUACGUACACAAGCAAAGGUUACGUGAUGAGUCCAGGGCGCAGUCCUGUUCAACGACCAGGUGAUCGAGCUUUGCUUUUCUCUCGGCCGUUUAACGUCACGUCCGGAAAAAUGGAUAUGCGUUGCAUGACAUUUUGGUACUUAAUGAACGAGCCAAUCAUUGAUCCAACCGGGCCUAGUUUGGGUUCUUUGCGUAUUUACACUCGAAGAGAAGAGGCAUUUUCCGGGCUUCCUCUGUUGGGCCAAAUGGUUGCCGUUUGGCGGCUUCACAACCACCAGGCAGGUGUAUGGAAAAUGGGACGAGCAUUAAUCCAACAAACCGGAAAUUACCGAGUGGUCAUCGAGGGACUGUGGGGUUCGAGUCGUGGCGCAGGAUCCAUUUCUAUCGAUGACAUUAGUUUCUACGAGGGAAGUUGCUCUACUCAUCCGAAUCAAGCAAUGCCCAUGGCCACUGAAUGCAAUUUCGAUCGUGACAUGUGCAGUUGGCGCAGCAUCGCUAACACAACCGGCGUUCGUCAAGACACUGAUUGGCGAUUGGCCACUGCUGCCCGCCGACCGGCCAAUUUACCUGACCACACUUUCGGCGCUCCAAGUGGGUAUGUCUAUUUUGACGUGUUCAGCCAGCAGAAUAGGCAAGAGGUGAUCCGUCUAGUCGGGCCUAAUAUGACUUCCGGAGGCAUUGGUCGACCACGCCUCUGUUUGACAUUUUGGUUCGCAGCCUUCGGCGCCGGAGAUACGACUCAAUUGAGAGUCCUCAUGAUGGACAGUGUCGGCGGCUCUGAAAAAGAAAUAUGGAUGUUGCGCGUCGUCCAGCUGGAAAGUACUCGUCCCGAUUGGAAUUUUGGCCAGGUGGAGCUGGAGAGCGACGGCACAAACGUUUCUGGUCAGGAAGUGAAACUGGUGUAUGAAGGCCGGGCUUCCAACGGCGGAUUUGCUGUCGAUGAUAUCACCAUCUAUCAAGGAGGCUGUAAAACUCGACCGAAAUUCGCAACACCAAUCUCCUAAUUGGAAAAUAUUGCAACAGCGCAACCUAAAACCCAACUGUUAUUAUU